AUGCGUGGAGCCUCACUCACCGAGGAGGAAGCGGAGUCACUCCGCGAGGGCAACCCAUUGAUGGAGGGAGUAAUAAACUACGUCUUCACCAAGGCGGCUGCGGUUGCUCAGCGCCCGGAUGCGGUGCACUUCCUGGACCCGGUGGUGGCGCACACAAUGUGCGCCUUUGACGAUGCCUCCUUGGGGCCCGUAGAUGAGAUGUGCCGCAUGUUGCUUGUUGCUAUCCCAAUCGCCGAAUACAAAGGGACUGGUUACGACGGUGUUCACUGGAGCCUCCUCCUCCUCCAACGAGUGAGCGUCGAUGUGCCGUUUGUGGCACUGCGUCUGGACAGUCUCUCUGACGAGAACGCGGCCCGUUGCCUGUCAUUUCUGCGGCUGCUUCAAAGCUGCUCCAAGUGCAGCGAGCACAUCCCACCGAGUAGCACGCGCAUUGACUUUCCUUCUCAAAAAAACAAUGUGGACUGUGGGUGCUUUGUUUGCAUGGCCGCCCUCCACGUGGCUGAGGCGGUGAAAAGCUGGAAUAAAGGCGGAGGUGGUGAUUCUGCGAAGGGCAUUUCUGACGGGACACUUGAAUUUCCACCUCAGUGGGAUGCAUCGCGCUUCCGGCGCGCUUUGUUGGACGAAAUUCUUCGGGAUCGUGUUUGA